CCCUCAUGCACUGACAUCCACUUGUUUGUGCAGGAAUCUCCUCCACUCACCAUCAAAGACUCUAUGACGGUUCGGAGAGGAAAGAAGCUCAGCAUCUCCAUCCAGGAACACAUGGCCAUAGACGUUUGCCCCGGCCCCAUCAGACCCAUCCGCCAGAUCUCCGCCUACUUCCCCCGCCUGUCCCCCACCUCCCCCACCCCCGUCUCCCCCAACCCCGCCGUGUCCCCGCCGCCGUCCCUCAGCCCCGGCUCGGUGGCCUCGGGAAUGGGCGGGUCUCACCUCCUGUCUCCUCUGUUGGCCCAGGGCAGGCCCGGCGGGGGCGGGUCCCUAUCCCUGACCAGCAGCGUGGACACGUCGGUGGAGAUCAACAGCUCCGACAGCGACGACUGCACUGCUCUGGGAACGCUGGAGUUCGAGUUGAGGUACGAGCAGAGCUCCAACAAGCUGCACUGCACCGUGCUGCGGGCCAAGGGUCUGAAGCCGAUGGACUUCAACGGUUUAGCUGACCCGUACGUCAAACUGCACCUGCUGCCCGGAGCCUGUAAGGCCAAUAAGCUGAAAACGAGGACGAUCCGUAACUCCCUGAAUCCAGUGUGGAAUGAAACGCUCACUUAUGUCGGCAUCACAGAGGAAGACAUGCACAGGAAGACACUCAGGUUGUCCGUGUGUGACGAGGACAAGUUGACUCAUAAUGAGUUAAUCGGGGAGUCCCGAGUCCCUCUGAAGCGCGUGAAACCCGACCAGACGAAACAUUUCCACACCUGCCUGGAGCAUCCGCCACCGCUUCCCUCUCCGACUGCCAUGGGUGAAGCCCUGAGAGGAAUUUCCUGCUACUUACGAGAGUGGGAGAACGAGCAGCUGCACAGCCUGGAGGAGCGAGGUCGUCUUCUCCUCUCCCUUCAGUUCCUGCCUCCGGUCAGUCUGGAGGAUAAAGCCGUAGAAGGUGGAGGUGAAGGCCCUCGCAACGGGGGUCUCUGUGUGGGCGUGAAGCGCUGCGCCCACUUGGCAGCCAUGGAUGUUAACGGAUUCUCCGACCCCUACGUGAAAAUAUACCUGAAGCCCGACAUAGAGAAGAAAUCCAAGCACAAAACGGCCGUGAUGAAAAGGACCCUGAACCCUGAAUUUAACGAGGAGUUCUUCUAUGAGAUCUCCCUGUCAGAGCUGGCCAACAAGACUCUGGAGGUCACAGUGUGGGACUACGACCUGGGCCGCUCCAACGACUUCAUAGGUGGCGUCUGUCUGAGCUCCAAGUCCCAGGGCGACGCCCUCCGUCACUGGACCGACUGCCUGAAGAACAAGGGCCAAAGGGUGGAGCGGUGGCACAUCCUGACCAACGAGCUGCCGCGAACCCUCAGCCACGACUAACCCCGAGCAGCGGCGUCCACGCAUGCAGACGGUCGCUGUCGAUGUUCACAGAGAUUCUCGGGGUUUUUACAGCACAGACGUGAGCGACUUCAGCACAGGAAACAGCGGUAACUUAAUGGACGAGUGUAUUAUAAUAUGAGCCGCCAUGAGAGCAGGGCGAGGCCGGAGCAGCAUGGUGGUGUGCCUUCAUUAUUGAUCUGUAAGUCAUCUGGAGCAAAGAGGCCGUUGGGUCCAUCAGCAGUGUCACAUCUGCACUCAGCAUCAAAAAACAGGGUCAAUCUCCCGACUCAUGAAGGGUGGAACUCUCCGGUGACGCGAUGUGGCAAACAACAUUUACAGAAACUAAGGGGCUGGAAGAGGCAUUACAAUUAAAUUAGAACAAAAACCUUAAACGUUUUGAGAAAAGUUACAAAUUUGCCACAAAAAGUGAACGUUUUGUAAACAAUAAUAUUAUCUUUGACAUGUUUUGGCAGCUUUUCAUGAACCUUGUUUUAAAUUUUACUUAAUUUUUUUGUAAAUCUGCCCAUUUUUCAUAAAA